AACAAUCCUCUCUGAGUGAUGAUGGGAAGGCCAGAUGAAACCGAUUUCUCUUUUGUUUCAGCACAACGUUUACAUUUUUUAAUAAACUUUUAAUAUGUGGAUGAACCAUAUACGUAAGUGUACAGAUCUUGUGGAUGACGAUGUGAAAAGUGAAGAGAAAACUAAAGAAGUGGCACAGAAAAGGAAAAAAGUACCUUCAAAUAAGUCUCCUCCUAAGAAGAAAAAGAAGCAGGAUCCCACCCAGACAGAACCUGAAAAAAAUGCAGAUACAACAAGCAAAAAGAAAAGAAGAAAAAAGAAAACCAUUUCUGAUGUUCUUGCAACUUCUGUGCCAAAAGCUGGAGCACCAGAAGACCUUCAGAACAUGAUUCUUCAGCAUUUUCAAGGCAAACGUUCCGUGAUUGAGAUGGAAGAACUUAUGAUUCCAGAUUCUUGUUUCCUAACAUCAAAUGACCUUACCCACACACCUUCUUCAUAUCUGAAGGAAAUUUGCCCAAAAUGGUCAAAACUUUCAAAAAACCACAAAGAAAAGAAAUCUGUCCUGAUCCUGAUAGUCUGCAGUUCUGCCAUCCGUGCCCUGGAACUCAUUAAACUCAUAAAAGCAUUUAAAGGGGAUACCAAGAUUAUGAAAAUGUUUGCAAAGCACAUCAAGGUGGCAGAACAGAUCAAGUUUUUGGAAAAAAAUGUCAUUCACCUUGGAGUAGGAACACCUGCAAGGAUUAAGGCACUGAUUGAAAAAGAUGGGCUCACUUUGGAAUCAUUAAAGUAUGUUGUGUUUGAUUGGAACUGGAGAGAUCAGAAGUUAAGAAGAAUGAUGGAUAUCCCAGAGGUCAAGCUGGAAACUUUGGGACUUCUAGAAGCAGGAAUCAUAUCUGUGUGCAAAACAAGAUCUGUGAAACUUGGCCUUUUUUAAAAGAUUAAGGAGCGUGCACGUGAUUUGUUGUAUAAAAAACGUUCCCUAUGCAAGUUUUAGUAAUAAACAGAACAUGUUGCAAUUUUUAAUAAAAUUUGAUUUGAAAACA